GCAGGUCAGGCCGCAAGGACGGCGGGUGGGUCAUCAAGGAGGGCGGCGAGCCGAAGGACGUCGGCGAAAGGGGGGCUGCAUAGUUCCGCCUGCCAAGACGUGGGUGGUGUCUGGGAGGACGGCGGUAGUCUGCACGACGGCGGGCGAGUAGUCCACGGUGGAGGCUAGGAAGAUGGCGCGCAGCACGACGAUGACGGUUACCUAAAGCAGGGCGGUGGGCACCAGGAUGGCGGCGCAGGACAAGACGGCCGCGCCGUGGAGGAUAGACGGCGGGAAGGAGGAGGAGGAGAACCGGAGCGAACGGCAAGAGGCGGCGGACCGGAGGUGGGGCGAUGGGGAGGGUAGCCGCCAAGGCGAGGGCGGUAAGGGCAUCGAGCGCAAGGGCGCAGCGACCUGCUGGGAGGCGACGAGCAUAGGGAAGCGUGCAGCAGGAGGAGGGCGUGGCUGCUGUGGCUUGCUGCGGCUUGCGUGCUGGUGUUGGCACCAACAACACGACGCUGGUGGGGUGCUGCUGCUGCUGUGUGGACUGGCACUGUUGGUGGGGUAUCGCUGCAGGUGGAAUGCUCCGCAGUCACACACCACCGCUAGCGUCUAGUACUCUUGAGUAGGAAUAAGUUAUUGAUAUUAAAUGGAAUAAAUUA